CAUCGCCACAAAUGUGAACCACUAUCUCUACCAAAAGAAAGAAACUCUCACUGGACCAUCCAACAUGUCUCAAGCAAAGGGAAACUUCUCCGUCGACAGCAGCGGGAGCGUAGGCAUGACGGAGCCAUCCGGGAGAAGCAUCAUGACCAACGUCGCCGUGUGGUGCCCGGCGGACCGAAGGGCGUUCACCAACGCCCGGGACGCCAACUUGUUCACCCGCAUCGGGACGCGGCACUCGCCCGAGCAGGUCAAGGCGGCGCUGGACGCGACACCGCAGGUCGAGCAGACCUUCCACCUGACGGUCAACAACGCGAUCCUCGUCUUCGACGCCGCAGGCCAGAAGGCUCGGCACGAGGGGCACGUCAUUGCGGUGUUGGAUAUGCUGAGAGCCAACUCCAUGUUGGCCGACGUCAACGACUGCGCCUUCGACGUGGACACGUGCGCCGCCGCGGGGAUUCGGGUGCAGGAGGUUGGGGCGGGGAAGGCGUACAUGGUCGUCAACCAGGGCGUCCAACAGAGGAAGUGAUUUGUGGUGGAUGCGUUUAAGCCGGUCUAAUCAGCGGCACCACCAUCUCUCACUCUUGCCAUUGCACACGGGACUUGAAUGAACCCUUGAUUAAUUGCAGCGUAUGAAUCUGUCGGAACAGGGAGAGUGAUGUUAUUAACCCCCCAGCGAGGGCGAUUGCAAGCCGAUAUUGUCAGACCCCUGAGUCUAGACCACUGACGUUGUCGAGGCGGUGGUAUGAAGUCACAAAAGCGUCGUCCCAUGCAGUACAAUAUGGAGGACCCUGUGAGGCACUCUGCAGCCGUGGAUAAAAUUAGAAAGUGGUAGCGAACAAGCUGUGCCAAGCCUUUCUGUCUAAUAUAUAUAUAUGCACCGUUGCAAAC